UAUUUACAAAACCCUAAUUUUUUCCUCCUCCUCCUCCACCUUCUUCUUUGUGAUUGAACUGAUCAUCGAGAUGAUGAAUUCACGAGCGUCGACGUCUUGUUUCUCGGAUGCGACAACGACGACAUCUUCAGACGACGAAGUUUCGAUCUCUCUUCUCUACAACCUUUCCAUCAUUCAGGACAAGGUGAAUCAGAUCCAAUCCCUCGCGAGCUUCAUGAUCUCCCAUAACCAUCAUGAUCAUGAUCAUCAUCAUCAUCGCAAUCAUCGUGAGGUGGGGUCAAGGUCUUUGGCCAUGGCAGACGUCAUGACUUUGGUUCAAGGGAUUAUCUCCGCAGCUUCCUCCAUGAUGUUCACUUGCCAACAGUUCGACGUCGUACCUAACAACAAGAACAACGGAAGUGAUGAUCACGCGGACGAGGCGACGGUGGUAAUGGAACUUUCCGGACAAGAUCAGAUCGACCCAGAUCAUGAUUUCAUGCGAGGAAGCAGCCUUCUUGCCGUCCAAGAAGAAGGCCGAAUCUCAUUCUCCGACCAGAUUCUUCGGAAUCUUGAAUGGUACGGCACCGAUACCAACAACCCUAGCACGGGCAAGAACAAUGUCCUUUCCAAGAACACGAACAAGAGAAAAUCAGACGAAGAUCAGAACAAGAACAAGAACUACGAAGUGGUGGAACUAAACGCAGAUGAUCUGCUCGCAAAGUACACGCAUCACUGCACGAUUUGCGGGAAAGGGUUCAAGAGAGACGCGAACUUGAGAAUGCACAUGAGAGCACACGGGGACGAGUACAAGACACGAGAGGCAUUGAUAAACCCGAUGAACAGAUCAAUAAACGAUCAAGAAAACGGCGAUAAAGAUUUGAAAACGACGGAUAUUCCGCACAGGAAGCUUUACUACUCGUGCCCACAAGAAGGGUGUCGAUGGAAUCAAAGGCACAAGAGGUUUCAGCCAUUGAAAUCGGUGAUAUGCGUGAAGAAUCAUUACAAGAGGAGCCACUGUCCGAAGAUGUAUAUGUGCAGGAGAUGCAACGUGAAAAAGUUCUCUGUUCUGUCGGAUCUGAGGACUCACGAGAAGCAUUGCGGAGAGGUGAAGUGGGUUUGCUCGUGCGGUACGAGGUUCUCGAGGAAGGACAAGCUUAUGAGCCACGUGGCGUUGUUCCUCGGCCAUGUUCCGGUGGAUUCGGAACUGAAGCAAGAACACGGACAAAUGUGACGGGGAAUGGUUUAUUUGUGGCAUAUGUAUGUGUGUGUUUUUCGAGUGUAAAGGU